GAACACAAGGCGUGAUGACAGCAGCAUCUGAUGGGCUGGAGCCAUACUCACUGCCCUGUUCCUGCUGCUGGUGUGCAGUGAAGAAAGUAGACUCGUCAACAGAACCAGAGGCAAAAAUAGAGAGAAAUAAACAUAGAGGAAAAACACAGGGAGAAACAGAGAGAGAAACAUAGAUACGGGAGAAAAGGAGAGCGAGAGAGAGAAACAGAGAGCGUGGAAAGUAGAGAGAUAAAGGGAGAAUCAGAAACAGGGAUCGAGAAAUCAGUGAGAAGUAGGUUCGCGGGAAGGAGAGGAAACAGAGGACAGACUGUUAGUGUGAGGCUGGACACCCGGCUCCGCACACCGCGCUCCGGACACUGGACUUGCUCUGAGCCGCCCCGUUCUCUCCCGGAUCCGCUCCUUUGGGAGAUUUCUCCAGCUCCGCUCUCCUCGCGUUGGGGAUUUGGGGCCGGGAUUGCUCCAGGAGUGCCAAAACAAGCAGUGCUGAAAGCUGCCAGCCUCUCCCAGAAAGCCUGACCUAGGAGUGAUGGAGGAGUGUUACUGUUGAGAUAGCAGCCACCGUUGAGUUUCAGUGAGACAUUUGAACAAUUUGAUCUAGAUGAAUGAAACAGCUAUAAGGACCUCAGAAAAGGAAGUUGCAAAUCUGUGUCGGACUGGGAGAAUGGAAGUAUUAGUUGGUGGAACUCACCCAUCCCCCAGCUUUCAUCUCUGACCUGGACUGUGCUGAAGCUGUUUCUGGUUGGCAGGAGGUGACCUGGUUCUGAGUUGCCGAUAUGCCCGGUGUUUCACCACAGCACGCCUCGCCCACUCCAUCAUGCUAACAACUGGGAGGCAGAGUUUGGAGAUUGUGACCUACAUAGUGUUUGAGCUUGUCAUCGCUGUUUUAGCCGUACUGGGGAAUGUCCUGGUCUGUUGGGCCGUCUACCUGAACAGCAACCUGCAAAACGUCACAAACUUCUUUGUGGUGUCCUUGGCUGUGGCAGAUAUUGCUGUCGGGGUACUCGCCAUCCCCUUUGCCAUCACCAUCAGUACUGGUUUCUGCUCCCUUUUCUACGGCUGCCUCUUCAUUGCCUGCUUUGUGUUAGUGUUAACUCAGAGCUCCAUCUUCAGCCUGCUGGCCAUCGCCAUUGACCGGUAUAUUUGCAUCAAAAUCCCACUCAGGUACAACAGCCUGGUGACUGGCCAGCGGGCCAGGGGCAUCAUCUGUGUCUGCUGGAUCCUGUCCUUCAUGAUCGGCUUGACCCCGAUGCUGGGCUGGAAUCAGUCCAACUGUGAGCUCACCAUGAAGCUGAACAGGACUGAAGGCUGCAGGGAUGGCAUGGUGUCCUGCUUGUUCGAGGAGGUGGUCACCAUGGAUUACAUGGUGUAUUAUAACUUCUUCGCCUGCGUCUUGAUGCCCUUGCUCAUCAUGUUUGGCAUUUACUUGAGGAUCUUCAUGGCAGCUCGCCAUCAACUCAAGCAGAUGGAGUUUAAGGUCACAGCCAUUGAGAAGAGCAGGUCCACCCUUCAGAAGGAGGUGCACGCUGCCAAGUCUUUGGCCAUCAUUGUGGGUCUCUUCGCUGUCUGCUGGCUGCCACUGCACAUCAUUAACUGCGUCAACCUCUUCUGUGAGAACUGUCGUCCCCCAGCCUGGAUCAUGUACUUUGCCAUCAUCCUGUCCCACGCCAACUCUGUGGUCAACCCCCUCAUUUACGCGUACCGCAUCCGAGAGUUCCGUCAGACCUUCCGCAAGAUUCUGAGGAAGCACAUCCUGAGGAAGCCGGAGCAGGUGCUGCAAACGCCGUGCAUGAGGAGCUCCACCCAUGGAGGGGGCGGGAGCGCUCAGCUCAAUGGUGGUGUUUUUGAUCUGGUGAACACCUGCUCCCAUGACGUGAUGGAGAAAGAUCCCCAGCAGAACGGACAUGCCCUGGAUUUCCAGCCUCCUGGGUGCCCGGGGGAACAGGAUGCAGAGGAGGAGGAGAACACUGAGGGUCAGCUCCACACUGUCUCCGUGCAACAGACUCCCUGCUCAACUCUCGCCAAAGUCUCCUGACCCUCUGUCAAGUGAGGCUCUAACUUGUUCCAACGACAAGGUGAAUGGUUGCGAUGGCAACAAGUAAAAGAGGAGAGAGGGAGAGAGAGCACAAAAGAGGGAGGGAGGGAUGCACAGAGAGAGAGGGAGAGAAAGAGAGAGAAAGAGAGUGACAACAUGCCAAUGGGACAUAAAGGACACAUGUUUGGAGGUCACGGAGUGGGUCAGAGCUUUGAUAGCAGCUCAGUGUGAAGCUUACGUUACUCGAAUGCCUUGUGUAUUUGUUUAGCUUCCUCUGGUGCAAUGCCAGGCUGCUGCCUCUUACCUGGACCCAUUGGUGGCACAGCUGGUGGGGAGGCAGUGGGGUGGGAAUGGGGGACUGCGCCCCUGGCAACAACGCUGUGUGUUCUUGUCGUCUUGUAUAUUCCUGUCUGUAAACUGUCGCCUGUAGAGUUUUGUGCGGUGUUUACAUGAGUCCGUGUGGAUCAGGGGAGUGCAGUCUGAGGCACUGACUGUACACAGGGACAUGACCGACUCACUCACAUCACGCCUGCUUCCUCGAGGCCCUUAGGCAGCCAAUGGUUUGGGAGUGUCUCCUCCUCACAUGCUCGAUAGCAGUUUGAUUGUGAAACAAUCAAUCAUUCCGGAAGUAAAUUGCAAGCUAGGUAUCACCUUCACAUGGAGGUCUCAGCUCAACCCAGGCUGCAGCAUGUUACUGGAGUUUGACUGCAUUAUUUUGAGAAAUCUGACAGAGAGGGAGUCAAUCAGACACUUGUAGGGAAAGGGGCCCUGAUGUCAUGGGGAGGGACAGUGAUGUCAUGGGGAAAUAGGGUGAUGAUGUCAUUGAGGCUGACACAAUGAUGUCAUUGGGGGCUGAGGCAGUUACAUCAUAAGGAGGUGAGGCCGUGAUGUCAUGGGGAAUGGGGUGGUGAUGGCAUUGAGGCUGACACAAUGAUGUCAUUGGGGGUUGAGGCAGUUACAUCAUAAGGAGGUGAGGCAGUGAUGUCAUGCGGUUAAGUAGCAAUGUCAUUGGUUGGGACAGUGAUGUCAUGGUGGGGGGUUGGGCCAGUGACAUCACAUGGGGCUGAUGGGUUGAGGACAACGUUGGAAGGGACGAUCUGGUUGCAGUUGGAAUAGAACUUCUCCGUUUAAAAAGGAAGGUACUGGCAACAAACAGUUCAACAAAGUUUCACUGGGCUCUGCCGAAGGGAUUCACUUUUUAACACAGGUUGGGUUUUUGUUCAUUAGAGUUUAGAAGAAUGAUGGGUGAUCUUAUUCAAACAGAGAAGAUUCUGAGGAGGCUUGACUGGAUAUAUUGAGAAAGAGGUGACUUUGUGAAGGUGGAAGCCAUUUCGAUGCAAAUGGUUAAUGACUGCAUGAACUUCUUCCAUGUUGAAAGACAAAGAAGGGACAGUGACAUUACAGGAUUGGUGGGGGGCUAGUUGGGGAGUGACAUUUUGGGAGGGUGUUGGCUGAUGAGCGUGUUGAUCUGUCUUGGCUAAAGCACCCUCAAUGGUUAAAGCCUGGGACCUGCAGCUUGUCAAAUAUAUGAGGGCUGGUACUCACAGGCUUGACACCAGCUUGUGUAAUUGAUCCUUAAUGGGAAUGUUUCUGGGUCCGUAAUCCACAGGGCGAGAGUUGUAAUCCCCCUCAAGGAAACCAGAGAAAUUUAAAUGUAGAUAACUAAAUUAGGAAUAAAAAGCUGGUCUCGGUAAUGGUGGCUAUGCAAACUAUGGUUUAUCAUAUAUUUAAAAAAGAACAAUAUGUCCACAUAUGUCCUUCCUACACAUGACUCCUGACCGUCAGCAAUGUGGUAUAUUCUUCACUGCCCUGUGAGAUGUUAGGAUAACCACGCAGUUAUAUUCUAGUUGUCACAGAGCCUUGCCCACACAGAAGCUGGUGGUUUCAGAGGCAGCUGCCCACCACCUUCUCCAGGGUGUUUCUGGGAAUGGGCAGUAAAAUGUACAUCUUACUGCGGAGUGACAGCCCCCAUCAAUGAGCAAACCAUCAGCCUGAGGAAUGUCAUUUGUUUAUUACUGUUCUCAUCGUACAUUGGAAAUCAUUAAAAAAAGCCGUACAACAAGAAA